AUGGAUAUCCUUAAAUCCAAUAUGUAUCCAUUAACUAGCGGAAGACGAGUGUUCUUCAUUCUUUGUCGCCAAAUACCCAGAUCCCUAAAUCCCAAAUCCCUAAUUUUCUUUGAAAUCCCUAAAUCCCAAAUCCCUAAAUCGUUUUCAUUGUUCUUCACAGCAAACCGUUAUUUUGAAUUUGAAAACGACCAUCUAAUCUUUAUUUCUUUUCACAGAAAUCAAAGGAACUUAGGAGAAUUCUGCAUCAACAGUGUGCCAAAAAUUUGGGAUAUCAGAAGUUUGGAUCGUGAUGUCUCACCUAUAGGUCCUCUUCCUCAGCCAGCAGGACAGCAAAGAUUAGAGGGUAUAACUAGCUUGUCGCAAGAUGACCGCGGAGCUUUACUCUCAGCCUCCUGCAAGGAUAACCGGUCAACAAGCCUCAUGAACAACCUACUAUUUUGUUUCCGCGCGAUGGAGAAAAUGCAUCCUUAGUUGACUGGUCCUUCUCCGAGUUUGGAAAAUUAGCAACUGCUGGUGAACACAUAGUAAGCAAAAAUGUAUCUGUUUAAAUGUAUCAGUGUGGAUCAUAGCUGAGUAGAUGCAAUAUGUGGACAAUAUAUUUUUAGAUUCUUCCACCUCUAUCGAAGUGGUGUGUGUGUACAAAUGCUGAUGCUAAUCUGUUAGAAUGUACUGUCUAGGUAGAAUAGGGACAGCUGUUAGUCAGUUUGUCCAUUUGUUAGAUUAGUUAGUUAGUUGAAUUUAUUGUAAUAAUAGAUAGA